UUCUCAUUAGACAAAUUAGACUAUAUAGAAGUUUGGUGAACUGAACCCAACAUUAAUUGGUGCCGAAACCCGGGAUCCGAUACCUGCCCGUCGGGGCGACGGAGGAGCAACAGGUCAUUAACACCGUCGACGGCCCCGCCGACCUUCACGGAGGGGGACCACCUAGGUGUUGAUCCGCGGCCGUCCCGAGGGACAGUGAAGGAUCCCGUCGAACCAGGACCUCACCGGGAGACAGAAAAACGGUAAAAGUUUUCGUUAUCUUUUAGAAAAAAGUAGUGAGUCGUGUGGAAACCACUAAGAAACUGUAUUCGUGGGUUAGAUAAAAAGCGUGUCAGGGAUACGUUGUCUAGGUCUGGGACCUGGUGGGGAAAUCAGGGAUUUCUAGCCAACCUAAACGCUCUCUACGGUCGUGGGUUAGAUUAAAAAUGUGUCAGGGAUACGUUGUCUAGGUCUGGGACCUGGUGGAGAAAUCAGGGAUUUCUAGCCAACCUAAACGACAGUCGUGGGUUAGAUUAAAAACGUGUCAGGGAUACGUUGUCUAGGUCUGGGACCUGGUGGGGAAUCGGGGAUUUCCAACCAACCUAAACGCUGAGAUCUGGGAUUUUCGUGGAGAGACAGUAAAUGGUGGAUUCGAUAGGAUUCACUAUAAACAAGAUAAGAACCUUUUAUUGAAUUAAAGUUAAAAUUAGAAGGGACGUCCCAGGCUCUCCUGAAACCGGGUGACGAAAUCCUGAUAAAGGUCAUCAAAAGGAAGUCCUGGGCGACACCCAAGUGGGAAGGACCGUUCCGAGUACUCAUUACCACCCCAACUGCGGUAAAAAUCGCAGAACGAAGCACCUGGAUACAUCAGUCCCAGUGCAAGAAGUUGACACCAGACGCUGCCCUUGAGUAAGCGGGAAGACGGACGGUAUCAAAACCCUUGUCCGCCGAAGAAACCAACAGACACUCACUCACCAGCCACAGGGAAAAACCACAGGGAAUCAAGAGGAAUGAUGACAUCAUUAUACGCCGCCACCUUCCUCUUGGUGAUCGGGACAUCAGGAACCUGGGGAAAGCCAUGGUAUACCCCUGCAAACAUGCCCCUCGGAUGGGUGGACGGAGAAUGCCCAGCGCCAGGGAAUGCCAUUGUGCCAGUAUACUGUGCGCCGCAAGGAAAUGGGCCAACCACCUUUACUGUACCAUUGUUGAGUUUGAAGAAUUGGGGAGCAUCACAACUGGGGUCGUAUUACGUGGGGUAUGACUGGUAUUCUCUAAAUUGUGACACCACUGGGUAUUGGGCAAACGAUUGGGAACACGUCCAUAUGCAUACGGCCUACCCCAACCACAAAAACCAAACAGAGGCUUGGGAAGUGGCUAAAGAAACAAAGCAGGUGAUGAAGGUAUUAUCGGGUCUCACCAUCCAGGACAAUGUUUUGAACAUGCAGAUAGUGCCAGUGACCGUAGGCUGCAUAGACCUUUACCUUAGACCGGACGUCUCAGGGAAGGACCCAUGGUUCCCCAUUACGGUAUGUAUAACCACCACCAAAAUAGAGGCCAUGGUACGGUCCAGCGAUCCAUAUCUGAAACCCGAGAUAAAACAACAGAUGAAGGUUGAGAAAACUUCCGGGGGAACUGAGUCAAUUAAGAAUGAGGGAAAAGACCUAUUCGGAAACUGGCUAGACCAAGAAACCGACCCCGAGCAUCCUUUUUCCUCAAAUGUGUGGUACAGGUACGCCACCUGGGUAGCCCGACAGACCCAUAAGGACCGGUGCUAUGUGUGCUCGUACAUUCCACAGUCAGUAGCACAACCCAGAGUAUUUGCUACCCCUAUGGUGGAUGCCGAGGCUAAAUUGGUAAUAAAAGCAGUGCUGCGGUCAGACAACACCACCACAAAAUACCCAUUAAUAACUAUGCCAGAACAAGUUGUCAGCCUCCAUGCAACCAUGAAUACUAGAAACCUUGUGAUCUGUAACAACCACUCUCAUUGCCAUGCCCAGUGUGUGAAUUUCACCGGCCCGAAUCUCGGAAUGGGAGGGAUUCCAGAACAAGAGUGUGCGACCAUAACCCAAGCCCAAACAGACGUAGAAACCCAGAUGUUGGAUCAAGUAUGGUGGAUGUGCGGAUGGAAAGUGCAUGCCGCCGUGCCAAGGAACGGAUCUGGAAUGUGUGCCCCAGUAACAGUAUCAGACCAUACCUACAUCUUCUACCAAGAACCAGACAUUCCUAAGAAACAUACUAGGAAACGCCGGAGCCUGACUUUCAUCCCUCAUGAUUCGAUAUGGGGAUCAGAUGUACCACCGUAAUUCAAACACCACACGACGGGAGCUAAAAUAAUUCUAGCCCUUUUUCCAUGGGCAGGCACAGCAAAGAAUGCACUCAGGUUGGAAACUGUGGAUUAUCGCCUUCAAGCUUUCAUCAAUGCAACAGUCAUGGGACUGAAAGGUGUGCAGAAGGAACUAGUGGCACUUCGACUAACCACCCUCCAGAAUCGAAUGGCCCUGGACAUGUUAAUGGCCAAGGAGGGUGGGGUCUGUGCCAUGAUAGGGGAGACGUGCUGCACUUACAUACCGGCAGAAAGUAAUUCCACCCUUGCUGAAGCUCUAGCCACAAUGACCAACCUGCAAGCGGCAAUGAAUGCUGACUACCACCCUCCUGAGGGUUGGUUGGACUGGUUCACGUCAGGGUCAUGGGCUAUGGUAUUGUUAAAAUGUGUGGCCCCGUUAGGGAUUAUGCUGGUUGUUUGUAUGUUUGUUUUCUGCUGCUGUAUUCCCAUCAUUCAAGUUAUGGUUAAGCGCACUAUGACUGGGGCUAUGAUCCAGUAUGCUGUAACGAGGACGCGUGUGGAGGACGCGCGCCACCCCUCCCGACGUGGUGUUCGGUGCGCGUCAUC